AUGUUGUCCCUACCAAUUUGGCUCCAAAGAGGGCUAAGUGAGCUUCGUCAAAAAUAUCCAGAUUCCCAGUUCAAAGCAACAGAUAGCUACGAUAUCAGAUGUACCGAUUGUGAUACGGAACACAAAGUCGCAAAGUACAAGAAAACAAAUAAUUUUGAGAAUCACUUGAAAUCCAAAAGCCACCUCGAAAAUGUCAAAUUUAGACUUGACAAUUCUACUUCUUCCAGGCCUCCAUCUGCGCUAUCAACGUACUCAGCUAUGCCACCGCCGCCAUUGCCUUUAUAUAUUCCAGCUGUCCCUUCUGUGGCAGCACUGCCAGAUAAUCCGAAUGCGAAUGGUGGACUUUUAGAAAGCAUGAUAGCAAAUGUUGUACAACAAAGCACCGGACCUUUGACUGCACAUAUUCGCAAUCUGGAAAAUCGACUGUUGUCGUCAGAAAAUACACACAAGCAAAAGUUUGAGGAGAUGGCUAGACAGCUUGAUGAAUCGGAGAAUCGUAAUCGUGAACUAUUUUCACGGUUGGAAGAGUUCAAAUUAUCAACAGAAAAACUAAGCGCUAGACUUCUUGUCACCGAAGCCAAAUCUACAGAACAGAAGGAGCUAUCCGGUCGUGUAAGGUUAUUAGAGCAGACUAACGAGUCGUCGCAAGCCUCGAGAAAUAGUCACGCAGCACAACUUAAAGAUGCACAGGGCAGUAUAAGAGCGCUUAAGCAGGCACCUAUUCCAGGUAUUGAAUCUGCCAUAGCAGAUCAUACUAAUCAACUUAUGACCCUCGGUAAACAAUAUGAAGGCACGGCACAAGAUUUGUCACGUCAUUGUCAAGUGGAAGAAGAUCUUCGCAGAAAGAUGAUAUCUCAGAUGGAAAGCGAACGUCAAAAAUUUAAUGAACGUGUCAAUCUUCUGCAGACUGCAGUGGCUUCUCGUCAUGAUGACCUUGAAGAAUUGAAGAAUAAAGUUUUGCAUGGUCCUCAGCAUGAUCAAAGCAAGUUUGAUGCUCUGAGGGCGCAGCUUGUUUCGGAAUCAGAUGCACAUCUUAGACAAUUUUCCAUCAGAAUAAAGGCUAUUGAGAAGAAGGUUGCUCAAGAUUCUAUACAGUUUACUGCUUUGGAUCAUAGAACUGCCGAGUGGAUUGAUACCACUGAUACGAAGUAUGGUUCUAGGCUUGCAGAGUUGGAAAGCGCGAUAAGCGAAAGAAUUCUUACUGUCCGAGCCGACCUAAUGGGUCAUAUUGAUGAUCUGAAGAAGCAGCAGACAGGAAGACAUGGUGCAGUAGAGGCGAGUAUUGAAAGCAGGCUAGCGGGGGCAGAAAAAAUGAUUGAAACCAUGAAUAACCAACUGAUGGCCUUCCGGAACCAACUUGCAGCUACGGAGCAGAACCUCUCACAUUUUGUGUCAAACUUUAAUGUCCAGGAAAGCCAUACAGAAACCUUGGCCUCUAAUUGGAAGGCAUGGCAAGAAGAACGUGAAGAAGAACUCCGAAAUCUGGAUAUCGAGGUCAUGAAAAAUUCUUCUGCCGUAGAGAAGUUGCAGAUUGAACACACAGCAUUCUUGGAGACUACUCCAAAAACUAUUCAACAAGUGGAAAGACGUCUGGAAGAGCAGGGCCAAGCUUCUAUUAACGAACUUCGAGAGAACUUGAAAUCAUCUGAAGAAGCAUUGACGGGAAAGAUUUGUGCUUUACAAGAAACGCGGGUAAAACAUCGUCAGUCUACCCUUGAACUUCAGCAUAAGCAAUCCGACACGCUUAUGAAUAGGAUGGAUGAAAAGGUGCGUAACUUAGAGAAAAUGUGUGCAGAUUUAUCUCAGAAAACGAAAGAUAGUGAAAAGCAUAGCACAUUUAUCAUGGAUCAAAAGAUGCAAGAGAGACUCAAAAGUGAAGCUCAACAUCACAAGGCUACAGCUGAGUCUUUGAUUCGAAACUUUGUAUCCAAGAGAGAUCGCGAGCUACAAGCUAAAUAUGAGGAGACAUUUAAGCCGAUGUUGAUGAAGUUUUUGACUGAAAAGGAUCAAGCAUUGAGGAAGGAGUAUGAUGAGAACAUUGAAAAUGCAUUUCAAGCACGCAUGCUUUCUCGGGAGAAGGAACUCGAGAUUAAGUACGAGGAAAGGUUUAAACCUUUGAUAGCAAGUUUCUUGAUAGACCAGCAAAAAGUACUCAGAGAUGAGUAUGAAGCACGCAUUGAAAAGUUACUAGGUGGUUUCAAAGAUGAAAUAUUAUCAGCAGACAAGGAGAAUAAAAACCCAAGCGUCAAAUCAGAAGAAGAGCUCAAGUCACUAGUUCUGGACGUCACAGAAGAAAGAGAAUCAACUCUUUUGAAAAAACACGAAGCAGAUAUCGAAGAAUUUAUUGGGGUUCAUAGAGUAGAGAUGGGAUUGCUGGAAGAACAAACUCUACAGCGUUUAUUGGUGCUAGAACAGCUUAUUAGAGAUCAGGCUCAGCAGAUUGAGGAUUUGGAUUGUGUGGUUCCUUUGGCACUGGAUGAUUUGAAUGGGUUGAUGAUGAAAAGGAGAUUGAGAGAUCGGGGGUUGAGGAGGGAUAGGGGGAGGGUUGGGAGGGGUGGGACGGGUGGUAAAGGUGGGAAAGGUGGGAGAUUGUGA